AAGCAAAAAGCCCUGUUAAUGUAAUGAUGAGCUUUGCAUCAAGGUCUGGGGAAAAAGGAGUCUAUUAUGCAAGCUGCUUCGCAAAUAAGAAAAUUGCAGAAGCUGUAUUGAUUUUGGAUGAGAAUGAUAAUCCUCCAAUGCAUGGACAAGAUGUUGAUGAUGAUACACUUUAUGUGAGAGAAGAGAAUGGAGGCUGCAGAGCUUUACUGAAACCAAGUGAAGGACAAGGACAUUGUUUCCUUAAGCUAAUACAGAAUAAAGGUAGAGUAGUAGCCAGAGCAGAGUUUGGAGACUUGGAACAACAAGGUGGACAAGAUAUUGAUGAUCAGCAAAACUCAAAUCCACAGCAAGGUCCGUCCUUUGGUGGCAGUGGUGAAAACUCGUCAUUUUCUUCCCCUGGGACUAGUCGGGAUUUAGGAUGUAGCAAUGAUGGAAGCAGAGAGGAUGGAGCUGGAGAUCAUAAAAAUACGAGGGAGAAGCGUAAAUCUGAUUCAGUAAACAAAGAUGACAGUGAUUGUGCCUCCUUCACAUCAAGUUACAGGGAAGAUGCAAGAAAAGAAAACACUCUAAAACACUCAGUGGAUCAGUACUCAUCUGCUCAAGUAUCAAGGUGCAAAUCAAUGGCUUCUUCUUUGAAGUACAACGAAGAGCAACUCAACUACCUCAAGGUUUGUUUGAUUGUCAUUAAUGAACUAACUGAAGGCCUGCGGGAAAUCUUUAAACGAGAAUGGGACAAUCGCUACAAGGCAACCCUGGGAGAAUGGAAAGAUGAACUGAAAAAUGGAAUGGACUUUUGGAACGGAGAAUCGCUUCAAAGUAGAAGAAGGCACGCCCGUCUCUUGACAAUUAUAAAAGAUGGAAACAGAGCUGACUGGGAUUGUACCAUGCUGUUUUAUGCCAUCCUUUUUUCCGAUUGCAUCUACAGUCUCAAUCCAGUUGUUCGAUCAAAUGUGGAUGGUCUCAGAAGAUUUCGUAAUGAAGGUUUUUCGCAUAUUCCACGAGGCUACCUUUCUAGCGUAGAUUUUGAAAAGGCAAUUUUAGAUAUAAGUACUGCAUUUCACGCACUCGGUCUUCCCACUCUAAAUAUCCGUGAAAUUGCAGAUAAGACAAUUCUCCUAACGGAAGAGUCAGGAAAUGUUCCGAAGGAAACUGACACCUUAUGACAACAAUUCCAAGAGAAAGAAACGAAACUCGAAGAAAAAGAAGAAGAACAUUUGUAUACCGAAGUCUCCCCGUUGUGUAUUCGCCCUCCUGAACCUACACAUGACGUCUCCCCUCGCGGAUCUGGAGUUGGUAAAAUCACACCACCCCAAAGCACUCAAAAGUGCCAACAAUAACAGCUGAAGCACCUUGUAUUUAUCUGGAAAUCCUGGAAGUGUAGAAUCUCAGCUGGCUCGUCUAACAGCUAAGCGACUCCUCGACGAAGGCAAAGAAAUUCCCUCUUCGAUUCCAUUUCUCAGGACGCUUAAUGCAGAAAAUUCAGAAACACUUUUGGAAUCGCUUGCCUCUUUCGCUCGGCAUUGCAGACGUCCAAAUUAUAUAGUUACAGACACUCAUAAUUCCAAAGAUCUGAGCACAGACGAGAAAAUUGCGAGUCUCACGACGCUCAGUAAUAAGCGCAAAAAUUGGGCUUCACACGUCGUGGUUGCUGUUAGGUGAUAAUGUCACCAGUUUGUCUCGUGUACAUACUUAUCUGCCAGGUCCAGGAAACCAACAAAACACAGGGCCUCACGUCUAUUCCUUUGACAAGCUCCUCCAUUCAGCACAUAUCACUAAGCGAAGGGAUGCUUCCUAAUCAUGCCAGCUCUUUUUUAAGGCUCCUUUCUGGUGUCACUAAUGACGAGACGGGAAAAGAAAUUGCACGGUCUUUGGACUACUAGCCGCUUGCUUUGGCAAGCGCAGCUAUCCAUGUAAGAAAGGUUCGAAAAGGUAAAAUAGCUACAAAUGUCGGCUUGACUGACUAUCUCAAGAAACUUGAAAAUGGGCAACGACGCACAACAGAAAAUUCUUGCCGAGACAAACCCAAGUUACCCCAAAACAAUGACCAAAGCAAUGACACUCGCCGUGGAAGAGGAACGCUACUGGUCAGAAAACCUAAUGCGGAUCAUCCCGAAGGAACGCACUCUCAAUGAUAGGUUUUUGUUCAUUUCGCAAGCAAAAACCUAUAAAACCUAUUAACAAGCCAGGCUUGUUAAGUGUAGUCCAUUAAAUUGGAAUUGGGAAUUUUGGACAUAGACACCAUUAGAUAAUCUAUAGCAUAGUCGCAAGGAUUAAGUGCAGCAACAUUUAAGAUUGCCUCAUAAUGAUUUAGAGAAUUUGAGGAAAAGAGUUAAUCGCGCCUGUACAUCGCCUGUAAGGUAGUCUUUCAGUCCUUAACAGCGUACACCGAAUGUACUUUUCGUAGGAAAGUUUCUCUGAAACCAAGGAAGAUCAAUUUUCGGCUUUUUCCUAUAAUCUAUUUACUUUGACUUUGAAUUUGAGUCCUACAUUCAACCAUUAAACAUUACUCAGUGCCAUUAUUUGCAUAACGUGGAAACAUCAAACAGUCCCCACUGAUGCAGCACCACAGAAACUUACCCGCUUCAUACGCCUUUUUCAUGCUGUUCUGGCUUUUAUGAAUGAAUCCAGCUAUGCAGUUACUACUUUUAUAACAUGUGAUCAUAUAGCACUGCAAAGGGAUUUUUCGUUUGCAUUUUCUCUCAUUAUUUUUUAGUCAUAUUGAGAUAAAACCCAACAAAAGCCUAACUCUUAUGGCAAUCCUCUACACAAGAAAUUAAAACCAAAGUUAACUUUUAAUCCUAGAUUAACAUUUUACCCUAUUUUGAAUAGUAGUAAAUAUCAAAGGGAACAUGCUCAGAGUCAUGUCUGGACUUACAAUUUCAUAUAACUAACUGCUAUAAAAAGCUAAUUACAAACUAUUUACGAAUGUAUGAAUAUCAAUAAGAUAAAAUUGAAGAAGCAUCUGUUUACAAAACAGCGUUUAUGACGUUCAGUUCUGAUAUGUGUAUAACCCGGCUCUGAGGUAAAUCAGAUACACUGUGAUAAGCUACUUGCUAACCUUGCUUUCCCAGGGCCUACUGCUGAAAAAUUAGCCAUCAAUCAUUUUUGUAUGGACCCCGCUAACCUUGGCCGUAAUUCCACAACAUUCGACCAGUUCAGCUCUCACACUUCAUUGGUAAGAAAUUGUAAUUGGGAUUAUCCAAGUUUGAUGUCUUAAAUUUUGGGUAAUCCUUCCACAAUUUAUCAUCUCAGGUCAUGAAUGAGAUGUGGAAUCUGCAUACAGUUUGAGAUUUUUCUUACAAUCUUGUUAGUCUGAUGUUUUUAUCAAUGGAAAGUGGUCUAAAGCUUAACUCUAAUUUCACAUGAAUGGUGUCU